UUCCAAUCAAAGAAUCACCUCGAGAAGAUGCAAAAGUUACAAUAGCAUAGUUUGAAUUGUUAUCAAUAGCAACGUUAACACUAUUUCUAUGACAAAAGUAACAACGUUUCGACAUAAAGAAUGUCCUAAAUGAAGACUCAAAUUUCUUCUAAUCAGAAGCUUAAUGGUCUCCAAAGCAUCAUACCCCACAAAAUAGACAAGUUAGAAUUGGCCCACUCUGAUCAACUGUUUUCAAUUCCUCCAAUGGAGCUUCAGCUUCUAGAAAAAAACUAACACACUCCACCUCUAUCGAUUGAAAACGCAACCACCCAAGAUCGCUUGACCAUCCGACCAUCCUUAACCUACAAUGAAAUAUGGAAAAUAUCUUUGGUCUUAGUCUCAGCGUCGAAACUAAGAGCAAAAGAGAACAAAAAUGAGGAUGAUGCAUAGAUAAUAAAAAAAACAGAGGACUUAGUGAUGCAUAUAGCUCUAUCUGUCUCAAAAACACUCAAAAAGAGAAAACAAACAGACCGCCAUGCACAUCAUUUUGUAACCAUUCAUCAAUUCCAACACCAUAAAAAGAUUCCUCUCUUUGAAUAUUGGAAGAGAUAACACGUGUCCCUAAACCGACGAGCAAAUCGACAGACACAAAACAACAACUCCCAAUCGAAUACUAUGGCUCUGUUUUUGUUGCUUGUCGCAUCAGAACAAAGUGGUAUUGCUUUGCUUUGCUUUGAUUUUCUUUGCUUUGCACAUGGCUCAUAUUAUGUCUUCUCUAUCUGUUUCUUUCAAAAUCUCAUGUCCUUUUCUGUUGUUCCAAAUUUCAAUCUUUGCAGAGAAAAAUGAAAAAAGCUUUCCUCUUCCUCUUCCUCCUCCUCUAUCUCUGUUUUUUUCUGACUCGUUUCAGAUCCUUUUUGCUAUCGGUCUCGGAAGACAAAAAAACCAAACAUUGUUGUAUAAUAAUGUUAAUUACAACAGUUUUGUGUCUAAAAACGUUUUGGGAAUCCAAACGUUGUUGGAAAUUUCAAAGGAUAAGACAUAGAAGUAUAAAUAAAAACUCACGAGCUUACAAACAGAGUCUCUAUCUGAUAUCUGAUAACGAUUCUGAUGAAAUCAGAAGAAGAAGUAGAAAAGCAUUGCUUUUUACAAAUGGGGUUUCUUUGUUUUAUAUUGUUUUCAAUCAAAAGACAGGAAGAUUCUCAAAUCUCACCCAAUGACCUUAAAAACUCCGAGUGUUUUUAUUUUUUAUUUUACUUUCUUAGGGAAAUAUAAUAUAAUUAACCAUUAUUUGGAGUGGUUUAAUGGCAAUAAAUCUAUUGCUUAGACCCUUAUUAUAGCAAUGCAUUUACUACAAAUACGAAAGUGCCAACACCUCAAUUGUCAAUAAAUGAUAAAUCCUUUUGCUUGUUCUCUGCUUUCCUCUUCCUCUUCCCAAACAGAAACAGAGUAGACAGAUAAGAGCUCGUUGUCAUGCUGCUGGCGAUGGACUUACCAAAUUCCGACUCUCAGACGGUGGCGAUUACGGCGGAAGUCGAGUGUGUGAAAUGCUAUUCUUGUGGAUUUACAGAGGAUUGCACGCCUGCUUAUAUUUCUCGAGUUCGCGAUCGCUUCCAUGGCCGAUGGAUCUGCGGACUCUGUAUCGAGGCGGUGAAAGACGAAGUUGUGAGGUCGGGGAAGCUAAUCUCUACUAAAGAAGCUUUGAUACGACACGCGAGUUUCUGUAAAGAGUUUAGAUCGACAAAUCCUAUGGAUGAAACAGAGCAUCCUAUCUCCGCCAUGGGACGGCUACUGCGGCGGAGCUUAGAUUCUCCUAGAGUGCUCCGAUCAAAUUCAAGUAACGAAAUCAGACUCGAACCAAUUGUGGACAUCGGAGAUUCGGCUAGACUCCAACGAUCCGGGAGUUGCUUUCCUUCUUUGUCUAGUUAAAAAAACAGGGCAACAUUUUCAAGCGACUAACUAGCUUUAGUGGGUGGUUUCAACUUUCAAUUAGACUUCUCCGAUGAUUUUCAAGCCGUUUAAAGAAAUGGGUUUGUGAAUUUUAGGAGUAAACUAACCAUUUUCUAGCGUUUCUGAUUCGUAGUCGUAGUUUGAUUUGAAUAGCGGGUUUACAGAUUAAUAGGUAAUGUAAAUGGGGAUUUGUACCGAAUCAUUGGGUAAUUGUGUUUGCUUGAGAAAUUGAAAGUGUACAUUGAAUCAUUGAAUGGAAAGAUUGAAGAAUCUUUCAAUGGCUGUCA